GCUUGGCAAAGCAAGGAUAUGAACAAUUGUGCAGGUGGGCUACUCAGGGCGAGUGAAGAGAUAAGGCAUCCAAUCAGGGACUGGCAACCUGCAGCCCUGCCAAUAUGCCCCUCCACCAGAUUUCCAUAAUCCCAGCACGGGAGACUGCCAGCAAUGGGAGAAGUUCCAUGGGCAGAAACAAAGAGAAGAACAAGGAAGUCGAGAAUUUCAGAAAUUGAAAAGGGAUAAGAGGAAGGAGAAAAUGCUGGGCUGGUGCGAAGCGAUAGCCCGGAACCCUCACAGAAUCCCAAACAACACGCGAACACCCGAGAUCUCAGGGGAUUUGGCUGAUGCCUCACAAACCUCCACAUUGAAUGAAAAAUCCCCAGGACGAUCUGCAAGUCGAUCGAGUAAUAUCUCAAAAGCAAGCAGCCCAACCACAGGAACAGCUCCCAGGAGCCAGUCAAGAUUGUCUGUCUGUCCAUCCACUCAGGACAUCUGUAGAUCUACCAUCUUGCAUGACAUAUCAGAAGAUGGUUUUGAGCAAUGCACCCCUGUCUGUGCUGAGCCCUGUAGGAAGGAGUCUUGUAAGAAAUCAGUAAAACAGAGACCUAGGAGGAGGAGGAGGAGGGCCUCUGAGAGAUAAGAGCCUGCAGACUAACAAAUAAAAGGGAGAAUAAAUGAUUUUCAACUCCGGAUCUCACACCCCAGGUGGAGUGAGCUUCACUUAGAUUCCUCAGAUUCAUCUCCCCUAGAUGAGCGUCCUUGGAUGCAGGCAAAAAGAAGAGCCCACGUGAAAUUCCAACUGUCGCGAAGAAGGAGAAAUAAUAAUGAAUCACGUGGAAGCUUGCAUGGGUCUUCUGCUCCUAAUGGAAUUGAUCUGGUAAAUUUGGGAUCCAAAGAUAAAAAGCAACAAGAACUGACUGAAUGUGAGAGUUGCUCUUUAAACCUCUGCAGAGGAAAAGGCCUCUGGUACCAAGAGUGCAGUCUUCCCCUGCCUAGAGGACCCUAUGAGAUUGAGCGAUCCUCAAGGCACCAUGAAGAAAGCAAAGGCGGAUACCACCACAGGGAUCCACAGCUCUUGCAUAGUCUUGGGCAAAAUGAGAUAAUCAAGGAAAGAUUUUCAGAAACAGAUUCCAGCACUGAAAUAGUGGCAGUACCAGAAGGCGGCAAGUCUGUGAGUGAUGUGGGGUUCCAGGUGAAUAACUCUGUUCAGAAGCCUCCUGCCAGCUACUAUGACAGGUCUGAUAAUUUAAAACUAUGCAGGAUCUGUCACUGCGAAGGGGAUGAAGAGAGCCCCCUCAUCACACCCUGUCGCUGCACGGGCACCCUGCGCUUUGUCCACCAGUCCUGCCUCCAUCAGUGGAUCAAGAGCUCAGACACGCGCUGCUGUGAGCUCUGCAAGUAUGACUUCAUAAUGGAGACCAAGCUCAAACCCCUCCGGAAGUGGGAGAAACUACAGAUGACCACGAGCGAAAGGAGGAAAAUAUUCUGCUCUGUCACAUUCCACGUCAUCGCCAUCACCUGUGUGGUGUGGUCCUUGUAUGUAUUAAUAGAUCGGACAGCGGAGGAGAUCAGGCAAGGCAAUGACAAUGGUGUUCUAGAAUGGCCAUUCUGGACAAAACUGGUAGUGGUGGCCAUCGGCUUCACAGGAGGUCUCGUCUUCAUGUAUGUACAGUGUAAAGCCUACGUCCAGCUGUGGCGCAGGCUGAAGGCCUACAACCGUGUAAUCUUUGUGCAGAACUGCCCGGACACUGCCAAAAAGCAGGAGAAGAGCUUCUCGUGUAGCGUCAACAUGGACACCAAGGAUGCGGUCGUGGUGCCUGUGUCACAAACGGGUCCAAAUUCCCUGCCCUCCCUGCCCCCCGCAGAAGACAGCCCUCCGGAAGUGAUGCCAGUGUGACUGAUACAACAGGUGGGAGUUCCUUCAAAGAAGAUCUUUCUAACCCUCGGCCACAACAAAUGACAGAGAUGAUCCUGAAUUACUCACUUUCUGUAUCUUCUCCCUUCUCUCACUGACUCGUUUCCCUUAUUUGGCUCAGAAAGGAAAGGAGGAGAAGACACCAAAUGAUAAGACCCCAUAAAACAGAGUCUGAAGUGAUACGGAAACGUGACAAGUUUGCUGAAGAGUCGUCUCUGAAAGGAUUAAAAGUCGCCGGAGCAAGGAAUACUUUCAGGCAAUGUUCAUCAUCAGACCAAAUGGGCACACGAGUCUUCACAGUAGCAGGGGAGAGUUUAAGAACACAGACUUGAAUUGCAAUGUGUAUUUCUUCUAAGGCCUCGUGAUGUUAACUAUCUCGUCUGGAAAUAGCAAGCCUAGUUGGUUUUAAGCUUGAAUUGUCCGCAUUGCCCCUCAGGCACAUCAGAAGCACACUCGGAGGAUGCAUCUUUGAUAUUCACACUUUGACGGAGAACAGAACUUGAUGGUUAGUGCAGUCCAGUUGUUUUGACAGAUGCAUGAUUUUAAAAGACACAGUGUGUAUUUGAAGAUAUUAACUUGGAAUUCUAUUUAAAUGGUGAACAAAAGAUUUUCAGAGAUUUGGGGGGAGGGGUUAUUUGGCUGUUAAAUAUCCACAUUAAGUUGAAAUCAAGUCUCAGGUUCCAUAUUUUAUCUGGACCCUCUAAAACAGUGUAGUGUAGCAGAAGUGUAAUGUGAGCUACAAGUGCAGGCUACCUAUGUAAAUUUAAAUUUUUCUAGCAGCCCCAUUAGAAGCUUUUAAAAGAAAAUAAGUGGAAUUUUGAGAAUGUCUUUUAUUUGACCCUAUGUAUUCAAGUUAUUUCAACAUAUUAUCAAUAUUAAAAAUUAUUGACUCUGGCUGGGUAGCUCAGCUGGUUAGAGCAUGGUCCCACAGGUUUGAUCCCUGGUCAGGGCACAUACAAGAAUCAACCAAUGAAUGCAUAAAUAAUUGAACAACAAAUCAAUGUUUCUCUCCCUAAUCUCAAUAAAAAAUUAUUGAGGUAGUUUACAUCUCUUUUUAUGAACCAAGUCUUUGAAAUUCCGUUUGUACUUUAUCCUUACAGCAUAUCUCAAUUUGAAUUAACUAUAUUGGCUUAGCACAGCCCUAAACUUGGAGACAGAGCCUCUGAUUCAUUCAACAGUUGAAUACUUCAAAACAGCAGCUUAAUUCACUCUUUCAUUCAGUCUCACAAAUGUUAUAAUUUUACAAAGCACUAAAUUAAUCAAAUUAAAUAGGCUGGUUGAAAAGUUAGACAAAGUCACUAAAGGAUGAAAAAAACGAAAGUAUAGAAAGAUACAGCCAUCUACCCGGGGCAAGGUUCUGAAAGGAACUUGUUUGCUAGCACUUCUGAAGGGGAAAAUAACAAUUAAAUAUUUUGUUAUUAAGUCAAAUGUGUAAGGCUUUUU